AAGAGCGUGCCCAUUUAACGAAGAAAGAGUUCAUUCUAAGAAACUGAGAUAUUUCUUAUCGUUGCCUGUGCAUUCAAAUUUCAAAUCAUUCUUGCUUUUAUUUUACUCGAGAAAUUCAUUUCGUUAGUGCGUCUUUCGGACAGAAGAAUAUCAGGUUACAAAGAAGAAAUGGGUGCAUUGGAUCAUCUCUCUAACAUCUUUGAUUGCUCCAGUGGCCAUUCCAAGCUCAAGAAACGCAGACAACUGCAGACAGUGGAGAUAAAAGUGAAAAUAGAUUGUGAAGGAUGUGAGAGGAAGGUGCGACGGUCUGUUGAGGGAAUGAAAGGUGUGACCUCAGUUCAGGUGGAGCCAAAGCAAAGCAAGCUCACGGUCAUUGGCUAUGUAGAUCCCGAGAAGGUUGUGGCUCGUGUGGCUUAUCGCACAGGCAAGAAGGUCGAGCUUUGGCCCUAUAUCCCAUAUGAUGUUGUUGAACAUCCUUAUGCACCUGGUGUCUAUGAUAAAAAAGCCCCUGCUGGGUACGUGCGGAAUAUUCAGGACCCUCAAGUUUCACAACUUGCUCGUGCGAGCUCGACGGAAGUUCGUUACACCACCGCUUUCAGUGAUGAAAAUCCAACUGCAUGUGUUGUCAUGUGAUCUUAGUGUAUCAUCAUGUAUGAUAUAAAGUAGGGGAUCUUUGUUAAGCAUAUCUUAGUUUUUUAUUUACCAUGGCUUUUGUUUGCAAAUUUAAAACAAUAGACAAAAUAUGUUUGCUCAAAGAGUGAUAUUUCUGUUUUGAUAUAUAAAUGAAAUUUUGUCAUGUAAGGUUGAAAUA